UUACCAUGCAGGCCUACGUGACCCCGUGUAUAAUGUCGCAACUGAUAAUAAAAAGAAUAUUGUAUAUAAAGCGACGAUUUCUUCAGUAAGAAACAUCACUGAAAGCGGAAGCGACUCUCACCAAACAGCUUAUUGCAACCAAAUUUGAAAGAUGAAAUUAAUAGCUGCCGUCCUCUUUUUGGCUCUGUUUGGAGUAUCAUCAUCUAAUGCCAAAAGCAUUCGUGCCACUCCCAUAACUGACGAGGAGCUGCUUGCCCUAUCUAAGAAUCUGCAUAUAAAUGACGUAAAUGGUGCUGUUGUCGAACUGGAUCUACAAGCCAAAACUACGAUAGGUGAUCUGUCAGACAAAGCUCCCACCCGGUUAAUUACCAGUGACCUUACCGACGUCUUCACCAAGCCUACAUACGCUGCCGCUCAGGGUCUGCUAAACAAUUACGCAAGGAACUAUUCCGUCCAGGAAGAAUUCACUCCGGAACAAUUAGCGGAAGAAAUAGCUUUCAUUGAUUUGGUUAUGGAGACUAGUGUGAUGCAACUGCUCCAUGAGUUUCUCGUUUCCAAAGGUUUUUUCACCGAGGAUGUGCAAGAGUUCAAACAGUUUCUGUGGAACAAAUGGUUCGCCCGCUGGUCUAAAUACGUACCGGAUGUUGUAGCCAGUGGCGGCUGGGAACACACCAAUCUGGGUGAAAAGGGGAGCGACGGAAUACUUUACGGAUUCCAUAGCUGGAUUCACGUUUACAACGAGGAGCAAUAUGGUCACCUCAACUAUCUCGGCUACAUCGACGUGAUCAAAACGAAAAGCACCACUGUCAUGUCCAUGCCCAUCCUUUUGAAUGGUAACCAUGUCAGCAGUAAACCGUACACGAAUUUGAACGUCGGCGCCAGUCCGGAACUUGAACUCGCUCUCGGGACGCUUUGCUACAUUGCCCGCGAUGGUGUCGACGCCCUUUGCGUCUUCCAGACUUCUGAUGCCAUCGAGUACGCCAUGGACGUGCACUCGGUCGAUUAUAACGGAUCGAAUUACAUUGAAAGUUCGCACACAAGUUUCGGGGAAGAAUCAAACGGACGGUCCGUCCUGUGAUUGCGCAGCGCAGGAACUACAGAAGCAUGUACGGCACUCGCUAUUCAGUGCAAGCGUUUUGUUGAAGUCAAUUAAUGUAAAAGAAAAUAAAGAAACAAACACGAAUGUA